AUGAAGGUCAAAAUGGUAUUUCCGCUUCUCUUUGUCCUUCUCUCGGGCUUCAUCUCGACUGUCAACGGCGAGAAAACAAAUUAUAUGAUCAACCCUGUAUACGAUCACGGAAAAAGUCCUGUUUGGACAUUGGGUGACCAGAAAGUGAUUGAAUGGAAAACAGACCUACCUGUGUACAACAUCUCUAUAUGGCAGGAGAGUCCAUCAGGGAAAGGUGCCUACAAUGGAGGCAACGUAUUUGCUCAAAUCAACGAAAAAGAUCGUGUGUCAAACUUCACAUGGACGGUUCAGCUCUACAGCUUUGACCUGGAUUAUUCACCCACAUUCCUUUUCUGGGUCAACUAUGGCGGAUCAGUCGAUUUCACCUCUGCCUAUUUCAACAUAACCAGAAAAUCAUCGACUGAAUCGACUGAAUCGACUGAAACGACCUCUUUAACUCGGGCACCUUCAUCUUCCCCUACCAGCUCGAGCGAUCAACAAACCAUUAGCCCAACCGAUCAACCGACAGGGCUCUCGAUGACAGCAAAGAUUGCACUUGGAGUCGGAAUUGGCAUAGGCAUCCCUAUACUAGCUGCAAUGGCUGCACUGGUUUGGCUGAGAGCUAGACAAUUAAAGGCAACCCAGCUGGCUGCAGCUGGCGUGCCAGUUUCUCACGGAACGAACAUGCAGCAACACCAGGCUCCAAAUAUGAAUAUAGGAGAGAUGCAUGGAACAGACCCUGCUGGUUUCUGUCCGGAGUUGCCCCAAGAUGCUAACGGGAAACCACUUCGCACUGAAUUGCCGGAUCGGCGUUAUGAAUGA